AUGAGCUGGGAAGCGGUGAACGUGCGUGGGACGCCGCCAUGCGGACGCUAUGGACAUACGGCCUCGGUUGUAGGCCGAAAAAUCUUCGUGUUUGGAGGCUUUGAUGGCAAUUCGCAACUCAACGACGUACAUGUGCUGGAUCAGAAGGAGGUGAACGAAGAAGGAGAGGUCCAGUAUGCUUGGACGCAGCCGCACAUCACCGGCAAGGCACCGUGUGGGCGGUAUGGCCACACGGCCUCCGUGGUGGGCAGCAAGAUCUACAUCUUUGGCGGCAACGCGGGCACCAACAUGCGUCUCAACGACAUGCAUAUCCUCGACACUGAUGAGAUGCACUGGAUUACGCCUCUCGUGGGCGGAGCUGCGCCGUGGGAGCGCAGCGGCCACACUGCGUCGGAUGGCUUUUAUUUUGUGGAUCGCGACGGCACCCACUUCAUCCACAUCCUCAACUUCCUGCGGGACGGAACGCUCAACAUCCCCGACGAUCGCUUCCUCCACAACUGGCUCAUCAACGAGGCCAACUUCUACUCUCUGCCCGACCUUGACAAGCUCUGCCGCAAGGCCCUCAAGCACAAGGAGAAGCGAGAGCCCGUCGUCAGCGCCGCCAAAGAGUCGCCAAAGGCGGCCCAGAGCUGA